UGGCGCGUUUCAGUCGCGCCGGGGAAAUACAACGUUGCGCUGUCAAAUCAUCAUCGACAACGUCAAUCAAAAGAAAGUUGGCAACCACAAGCAGAACGAGCCAAUGUUUCUGACUGCGAGACACUGCAAGUCGGGCAUCCAUUGACCCUGUGAUCUGCCUGUCAGCCAAACAUACUUUAUUCUGUCUUUGGCUUCUUGACGUAUUGCUUGUACUUCUUAUACCCCUCGUGUUCAUGCGCUUUCUGCUUCACUGUUUACUGCCUGCACAAACUUGAACAUGGAUAAACAUACCACCUCCCGCAACGGCGGCGCUGGGGAAGAGACAAAGACAAAAAGCACACACCCAUCCACAAAGCCAGUGACCAGGCCGACCGCACCAAGACUGUCGAGCAGCACCCGUCCUACCACAACAUCUGCAGCCAGAGCAGCCGGCACCGGAUCUUUGAGCAAGCCUCCUGCACGUCCAACUUCGAGUACUGUUCGAAGACCACCCAGUGUAGCUGCGACUCCCACAACCUCAGCGCAUCAGAAGAGGCCAUCGGUGAGUUCGGUGGACGACAGACCGUCGGGCGACGAGAAGAGCAGAGGUGGGAUAGCCGCAAAACCCAAACGAGUUUCACUGGCAUCAUCGACCAGUGCGGACCGCACAUCGACCCUCAAGUCUACCGCUGCAACACCCGCUCGACGUACGACAGUCACCUCCUUCACUUCGACUCGACAAAGCAUAACAAGUCCGACGGGCGCCCGAAAAGUGCCAUCCACUCCCAGCACGUCACGAUCGACCGUCACUCCUCGAUCAAGACCCUUGGUUUCUUCCGCCUCGAGAAAUGUUGGCACAGGCAGCGUCGGUGAGAAGAAACGUUUGAGCACCAUCCCCGCCUCGCCCGCGGUGCAGACGAAGGUCCAAGAGUCGGAGGAUAACAAGGAAAAUGUACAGUCUGGUGGGGAAGAGAAACAACAAAAACGCCCUGUGCGUCCUGCAUUAGGGUCGCGACAAUCGACCCGAUCGGUCUUGAUCGAACAGAAGAUACGUGAGUUUGAGCUGGUCAACACCAUGCUUCAGGCUGCCAUGACUGCGGACGGAGCAGACGAUCAGGAGCAGGAGUCUAUCAACCAAGAAGCCUCAGCCACUAUCGCAAAACUCAAGUCAGAUCUUGCAAAAGUGCGCGAGUUUGAGCGGACUCAUGGACGGUUACCCAGCGAAGCCGAGCUGGAAGAAAUUCAGUCCAUCAAGGAGGAUGCGGAACCAAAAUCUCCCGUUGAGGAAGACCCAGGACAGAAACCAAGCGCAGCAAACGCCUCUGUCACAGAAUUGCAGCAUGAAUUGGCUCAAACCAAGACCCGAGCCGAUGCACUGCAACAGGAGUUGAUGGAGCUAAAGACCAAACUUGAUGAUGCCAACACAACUGCAGAAGAAGAGAAGCGCCGAAUGCAAGAAACGAUCGAAGAGGCAGAGGCUACGAAGGCGGAAUAUGCGGCCAAAAUGGAGGAACUGAAUUCACUGCACAAGGAUAGGGUCCGGGAGCUUGAGUCUUCCCAUCAAAAAGCGCUCGAAGAUCUCAAGGAAUCUCAAGAAUCUACUUCAGAAACUUUGAAACAACUUGCCGAAAAGGAUUCUGCGCUGGCUAAACUUCGAUCCGAGCUUGGGGAAGUACGUGAGAGUACGAAUGCAAGCACCACGUCCAGGCAGGCCGAAGUUGACAAACUCCUGACCGAGCUGGAACAGCUGCGUGAGACAAUGGCGAAAGAACAGGCCGCUAAGGACGCCGAGAUUGAAGCGCUGAAACUCGAUUUGGAGUCCAAGAAGAUCGAAUCGGAGACUAACAGUCAAGCGGCCGCAUCUCCCACACCGUCGCAACCGCAAUCCCAGGAGCUUGCUGAGGCACAGCAGAAACUUGAAGCUGCCCAGGCUAGGCACCAGGCAGCAAAGGAAAAGGCAAAGUCCAAGAUUGCCCGAAUCCAGGAGGAUUUUGACAGUAGGGUGUCAACACUGGAGUCCCAGCAUAAGGAGCAGCUCGAUGAGGCCAAGAAGACUUUGCAAAAUGAAUUUGACGAGAAGAGCGCGGCGAUGGAAGCACAACAUAAGAAAGAGCUCGAUGAACUCUUGGACAGACCACACCAAGCGGAGAAGCAGAUUGCGGACAAAGAACAAGAAAUUGCUCAACUGCGCGAGGAGUCUGAUAAGAGGAUUGCGAGCUUGGAGGCCCAGCACAAAGAGCAAAUCAGCGACCUUACAGAUAGACUGGAGCAGGCAGAAAAGGCGAUGAGCAGCAAGCAGAAGGAGCUCGGCCAGCAGCAGGAGGAGUACGCGAAGAUCUCGGAAGAGAUGGCACGCCAGAAUCAGGUCAUGCAAACCCUGAAGGGUCAGAUCCUUGAGUUCCGAGAAAGCAAGGACGUCGAAAGCGAUGCACAAACUGCGCUGAUAACGAAACUACAAGAGGAAAUCGAGGGAUUGAGGCGCGAGAAAGCGGAACAGGCUGAGGCCGCCGCUUCCACCCUCGCAGAAGCCGAAAAGUCACAAGCAGAAAAGAUCCAGGUCAUUGAGGAUCGACUGGCGGCUGCGCAAGAAGAGCUGCAGAACGCCCAGACGUUGCAUGACAGCAAGCUCCAAGACGUUGUCAAAAAAUCUGCAGAGGACCUUAGCGCUGCCAAUGAAGAGCUUGAAAAGUCCAAGGAAUCACUCAACGACAAGCUUCAGGCUCUAGAAACACAGCAAAAGGCCAAUGAUGCCGCUGCUACAAGACAGGCUGAGCAUGAACAGGCUCUGUCGGAGUUGCAAAACCAGCUGGACGAAGCAAGAGUGGCUCACGAAGAAGCAGUCGCAAAGCACGACGCGCUAUUGAGCCAACGCCAAUCAGAGGACGAAGCAUCUAAAGACGAGAUCCUUGCACUGAACGCCAACCAUGAUCGAGAGCUGAGCGAGCUUCGGACUCAGCUGCAAACGGAGCACGAAAAAGAAGUCGCAGCGUUGAAUGCAAGCCACGCCGAGCAGGUUCAACAACUGGAGCAAAAGCUUGAUUCAUCUCGAAAGGAAUUGGCUGCGGCCAGAGAAACCCACGCUCGUCAAAUCAAACAACUCGAAGAACAAAUGAAGGCUUCUUUGGCGGAUCUUGAAACUUUGGAGGCAGGCCAUGUGGAAGAGCUCAACAAGGUCAAGGCUGAAGCAGAGCAAUUGCAUCAAAAUGCCGCCAAAGAGGCGGAACUAAAGCACAGCGAGAAGCUGCAAGAGUUGCAGAAGCAGCUCGAAGGCGCCAGAACUGAACUCUCCGAGCUACAAUCUGCUCACGCCAAAGAAUUUGAGGACCUUCAAAGACAGAAAGGGCUGGACCAAGAGGGUGCGCUGGACGCCCUCAAAGAAUCUCAUGCCAACGCCAUCAAAACCCUUGAGAAGCAACUGAUAGCUGCACAUGAGACAAUGGAGAAGGCCAAGGCUGAUCACGAGACACAUCUCAAGCGGACUGAAGAAGAGUUGACAGCACGGCAUGCCGAGGAGGUCGAGUCGCUUAAAUCAAGCCAUUUCAAACAGCUUGAAGAGGUUAAGAACCAAGCGUACUCUACCCAAGAGCAGGCUCUUGAAGAGCUACGGUCGAAUUUGCUGGAGGAGAACCGUCAACUCGAAGCCCAGACGAAAUCCCUCCAGGCUGAUCUUGACGGGACGAGAUUCCAGAUUCAGAGCUUGAAAGGCAUCCUGCAGUCUGUGGAGGAGGAGUCUAAAGAAAAGGACCAGGAACAUGCAGCGAGUCUUGAGAAGAUGGAAGAAGAAUUGUCCAAGGCAGUGAUGAAACUGGCCGAGCAAUCUGCGCGUAUGAUGGACCUUCAGAUGCAACAUGACCAAGCUGUGGCAGAGGCAAAGAAUGCUAUGAGGGAUGAAACACAGCAACAGUUGGAGAAGCUUCGCGCGGAUCACGAAAAGGCUCUUGACGAACUUCGAAAUACCUUGGAAAAUGAUCACAAGCAGGUGGUGGAUAAGAUCCAUGAUGAACAUGCCAGAUCCUUUGGAGACAGCCAAACCGCACACCAAGCUCAUCUCGAUAACCUUCAAAGAAAACUGAAAGAAGAAUACGACAAUCAGCUCGAUGAAGUCAUGAAGACCCUGGAGAGUCAGUGGAAGACGCAGGUGGACCAACUAGAGGAACAGAAUGCAGCCGCCGGCGCCAGACUUGCCCAAGCUAUGAAGGACCACGACGAAGCAUUGAAAUCACUCAAGUCGGAAUACGACGCCACAGUUGCCGAGUUAGAGUCUCAGGUGCGGGAGGCUCGGAAGGCAUCUGAGGCGGCUCUGGACACAACUGAGCUUGAUGGAGUUCGACAGCAGCUUGCUGAAGCACAAAGUCAGAUCAAGGGUAUCGAGCAGAAGCAUGCCGAGGCCAUCAAGACUAUUCAAGAGCGAGAGUCUGCUUUGGCUUCCAUGAAAGAAGAGCUCAAAUCGGCACAUGAAGCAGCAGAGCAUCGCCCAGAUCCUUCCGAGGUAGAGGACCUCAAGAAGAAAUUAGUGGACCAGCAAAACGCUUUGGAAGAGUUACAGAAAAUCCACGAGCAGACGAUUCGCGACCUCAAAGCAGAAUACGACGCCGAACAGAAGAAAAUCGUGGGCGCGCUGAAUGCAGCAGAAAAAGCGGCCGAGAAUAGUCAAGUGUCUGAUAGCUCAAGGUUCGAGUCCAUCACUGCCAGCCUCGAGGAUGCGAAGAAGACUAUUUCUUCGCUGCAAUCCGAACUGGACGGUGCUAUGCUUGAGGUGGAGACGCAACGAAGUCUGGCAGACGAGGCUCGGCAAGAAGCAGAGCAACUGAGACAGAACCAAAAGCAUGCCGAGGCGAUUGCCCUGCCGAGUCCGAAAGGCUCAGGCUCAGGCACAUGCUCACGACGAAAGAGCCGGAGUCCCAAGCGGAAAUCGAUCAAUCCGUUGUCACCUGGCAUAGGAGGUCAAAAGUUGGGUCUUGAAGCUAGCAAAUGGGCCACUGCUGAGCCGGAACCGGAGAAAGCCAAGGACAGUGCUUCGGCUGAUGCAGAGGUGGCCGGUGAUGCUUCUGUUUCUCAUGAAGAUGUCGAUACGACCGCAACGGAAAAUCCAUCGCCAAACACCAACACGAACUCGAACUCGAACUCGAGUAAUAAUAAACGCAAUGUCGUGGGCCAACUGGCCGGCAUCCAAGAGCAGAUCAAACAACUGGACGAUCUUAGCGAGGACUUUCUCGAAGAGCAUCAGCGCAUGGCGGCCAUGUUGAGCCGCGUUGAUGAUGGGUCGACGAAACAGAGUACGAUCAAAGUUGAAGAAGAGAACGACAACGAUGGUUGAUCCUGUUGAGCUAUUGUUGUUGCUAUGGACUGUUGACUAUCGGCAACUCUGCUUUCGUUGGCGACCGUGCACCGGUUGCUGUUGCAAGACGCGACCCUGCUGUCUCUGUUGGAAAGUAUCUUUCUUUUCUUCUUGGCUGAACCUGGACUGCUGGGUCUUGCGCAGUAGUGGUGGUCUUGGUUUGCCGACGUAUGUUGAGUUGUUGAUUUGGGUUCCCCUGUCUGGGCCUCCUUGGUUCUGGUCUCUUUUGGUUCUCCUUUUCCUCUGGUUAUGGAUAGCGUUCAUUGCCCGUUUGGCAACCGAGUUGUAUUUUUUGGCCUUUCACUUCCUUGCAGCUUAUUAUCGUGGGUACAGCACCUUUACUUGGCUGGACUGGACUUUGAAGUAUUGGAUAGGUUCGCAGGUACAUACCUUAUGUCAUAGCGUAGUAGCGUACUGUACUGUUCUUAGUACAUUAGCAUGAAUGUCAUUUCGGGCAUGACCUGGUUCAGCCGUCUUUCA